CGACUGCCGAUUGAAGGCUAGUAAAAUAUUAUGUUGCAGUUAUUACGUUUAUCUAUUGUUGUAACAGUUGCAUGUGUUGUAAACAUCUGCAUCGGUGCAGAUACGACAAAUGUAUUUAAUCAAUUACAAACCAAAGUGCCUGAAGACAUUCAAGAACAGACUGUAAAACGUCUGAUACAACAAUUAAUACCAGACCGAGCUGAUUCCUUUGUUGUUAAUGUUAAUGCUGCUUUGAGAACAUCUGAUGGACGUGAUGUUUUCAUUUUGAGAAAACUUGACGAUAAUGGUACAGUAAACAUUGAAGGAAAUAGUGGUGUAGCUGCAGCUUGGGGAUUUAAUCAUUACUUAAAGUUCUUUUGUAAUUGUCAAGUAGCAUGGGAAAUAAAACAAUUGCCAUUACCAGAAACUUUACCGAAUGUUGAUAUUCGAAUAGAAGCCAAUGACCGCUUUCGCUAUUAUCAAAAUGUUUGCACAUCGAGUUAUACAUUCGCAUGGUGGGAUUGGACCCAAUGGGAAAAACAUAUUUAUUGGAUGGCAUUAAACGGUAUCAAUUUACCUUUAGCAUUUACUGCACAAGAAGCAAUUUGGGAACGUGUUUAUCGUAAAUAUUUCAACUUAACUGAUAAUGAGAUCGAUGAACAUUUUACUGGUCCAGGUUUUUUUGCGUGGGAACGAAUGGGUAAUAUUCGUGGUUUCGGUGGACCAUUAACUGAUUCAUGGCAUAAUGCAACCAUUGCAUUACAAAAACAAAUAUUAAAGCUAAUGAGAUCAUUAGGAAUGACUCCUGUAUUAUCAGCAUUUGCUGGGCAUGUUCCAAGAGCUUUUAAAAAUCUUUAUCCAAAUUCAAACAUGGUUUUAGCAUCUAAAUGGAAUUCAUUUGAAGAUAAAUAUUGCUGUCCAUAUUUAUUAGAUCCAACGGAUCCAUUGUUCAAAAUUAUUGGUAAAUUGUACAUGGAAGAGACAAUCGCAGAAUUUGGGACCAAUCAUGUAUAUGCCUGUGAUCCGUUUAACGAAUUGGUGCCCAGUACAAUAAAUGAAACAUAUUUAGCAUCGUUUGGAGAAAGAAUAUUUGCAACAAUGUUAUCCGCUGAUCAGAAUGCAAUCUGGAUUUUACAAAAUUGGUUUAUUGUUCAUGAACCAUUGUAUUGGAGCAAGCCUAGAAUUAAAGCGUUCUUAUCUGAAAUACCAAUUGGUAGUCUUUUGAUAUUGGAUUUAAUGGCAGAGCAACUUCCACAGUAUAAAUUAAUCGAUAAAUAUUUUGGUCAUUAUUUUAUUUGGUGUAUGUUACAUAAUUUUGGCGGCACUCAAGGAAAUUUGGGAUCAAUUCCAAACAUAAAUAAGGGAAUUUUUGAUGCUAGGACUUACAAUGGUACUACAAUGAUUGGUUCAGGCUUAACACCCGAAGGAAUACUUCAAAAUUAUGUUGUAUAUGAUUUUAUGAUUGAUAUGUUUUGGCGACCAAAUCCAGUGAAUUUAACUGAAUGGAUUACAGACUAUAUUGGUAGACGAUAUGGACAAAUUGAGGCACACACCAAUAAGGCUUGGCAAGUCUUCAAGAAUGGAAUCUAUAACUACAAUGGUACAAUUCGACUUCAUGGGAAAUAUGUUUAUAAUCUAAGACCAAGCACCAGAAUACAAACAUGGUAUUGGUAUGACGUAUGUGAAUUUUUCGAAGCCUGGGAUGAAUUUGUCACUGCUGCAGAUAUCUUGCCAGCUAGUGAAGCAUACCAAUACGAUAUCGUUGAUUUUACAAGGCAAGCAUUGCAAAUAUUGGCUGAUCAAUAUUACAAUCAAUUUAUUCGAGCUUUUAAAAAGAGAGAUACUCAUGAAUUUCAGCGCAUAGUUGGAGUGUAUUUAAAUAUAUUUGAUGACGUGGAAAAAUUAUUAAAUUCAAAUAAAAACUUUUUACUUGGAAAUUGGUUGGAAAUGGCUAAAAAAUUGGGUGAAAAAUACGAGGCAUAUCCUGGUCAAUUUGAAUACAACGCACGCAAUCAAAUUACAUUAUGGGGACCAAAUGGUGAAAUAGAUGACUAUGCUAACAAACAAUGGGCGGGUAUCGUGUCAGAUGUUUUUAAACCCCGUUGGGAAUUAUUCUUAAAAGGUAUGAAUACAUCUUUAAUAACUGGGAUUAAAUUUAAUGAAGCUGCUCUAAAAAGUAAAGUUUUUAAGGAAGUUGAACAACCAUUUACAUUUAGUCGAAAAGUAUAUUCAACUGAGCCAAGAGGCAAUUCAAUAGAAAUAGCAAAAGAUAUCCAUAAAAGAUGGUGGUUGGAGUCAAUAAUUAAAGAACAGUGUGAAACAAAAACAACACAAAUGCUUUAUAUACAAAAAUCGAUUCGAUUACGCAAAACAACACCAUUUGUAUCGACGGUUAAUUAAUGUUUUUAUAAUAAAGGCGAUGAGAUAAAUAUA